AUGGAAGAACCAAACAGCCCAUCGGGCUCGGCAGGCGGUCCACUGCAAGCAGUUACAGCAGACCGCGUAAAUCAACAACGAGAGCGAGAACCCGCCUUCUCUCACCAUCGUGGUGCAUCAAGAGAUAACGCAGUAUUCGACAAGAUCAGCCAGUUUAACAACCUCAGUGUCACCAUGCAAUCGAAACAACUGGAACGCAAGACAGCAGAUGCUGCCUUAAAGCGGGCGAUGCUUGGCCGCGAGGAGGCCGAGACUGAACUGCGAAAAUACAGAGACGAGACCAAAACGCUACGCAAGGCCAUCGAUGAGGGCAAAGAGCGUGAGAGGAAAGUUGGGGAGCGUCUAGAGACAUUAAUGGAGAACUAUGGACGAGCCAAGGAGACACACGCACAUACACAAGCCCUUUGGGAAAAGGAGAUCCGCCGAGCACGAAAAGAAACAUUCAAGACACAAUCAUCAAUUGUCAAACUCCAGGAAGAACUCAAGUCAGCCCGCACCAGCGCCAAGAUGAUCGACGAAAACCUCAAGCGCGAAAAGGAAAGGAGCAAGGUUCGAGAACAAGAGGCAUUCGAGGCGCGAUACCAGAUCGUUGGUGUCCAAGAACAACUGGACCAGGCUCUAGAGCGCAUCAAACUCGUCGAACAGGAACGUGAUGCCUAUAAGACAGCAGCCAAGAACGAGGAGGUUGCCCGUAUCGCUGCCGAGGGACGUAUCCCUCUACCAUCACAAGAUGCUGAUGACGAGUUUGCUUCCCCUCAGAAAGAGAAGAGACGUGCUUCAAGAGAUCCCCGUGUUUCGCUAUCGGUCAUGGACAUUAUCUCAUCCGAAGCCAGCGAGGCCGAGAUUGAGGAAUUGGCGACCCAACUACAAUGGGAGCGUCAAAGAGCAGAUCGUGCCCAUGAGAUGGUUGAGUUCCUGCAGGCAGAGUGCCACCUACGUUGCUGUGCUUGCUCCAAGUCCACUCGACGUGCCAGUGUUGAGGCCCCUCGCCAGAAGCGUAGAAGCUCGAUUGGCCUCGAAGGACCUAAUGACAAGGUACUCAAGCUUGAUCGUCCGGCGAGAGAGGAUGAGAAGCGUGCCGCUACCCCUCCUCGCAUUCAAGAACCAACAUUCGAGCCUAGACCCAAGAUUCAUGCUGAUGUCAAUGUUGAGGCUAAGGUAGACACCAAGACUGAGUCAGAGCGGGAGCAAUAUCUGGAAGAGCCCCUCCAACGCGGCAUGCCCAAGUCCAGGAAGGAAUUACGUCGAAGCACCAUCUUCUGUCCUAAGGAGGGAAUAUUUAGAACUGUCUCUGAGCAAGAGGCUGAGAUCUUCGAGGCGCAGCGAAAGGUUGAAGAGGCCGAGGCCGCUGAAAGGGCUCAAGAGGAAGCUCGUGCUCAGGCUGAACAUGCUGCCGUUGAUGAGGGUGCAGUUGAAGAGCCAGUUGAGGCCGAAACCUUCGCUGGUUACAACACUGAGAUGGAGCACCACGCGUCUGAGUAUGAACACAACCACAGAAGAUAUGCCCGAACUCCUUCGGUUGAGCCUCCAGCUUUUGCCAUGCUUGCGCAAGAACGUGCUUCCCUUGCCUCGCUCCUCGAUGCUCCCCACAAUGGCUGCCACACCGCCCCUAUUCCUUCAAUACCAACCAUGCCAGAUGUUUCUGAGGAUAUACUCACCUCCCCUGAGACUCGACCUCACACCACCAAUGCUUUCUACACCGUCACUACUACAACAACUGUCCCCAUCCUUGACGACAAUGCGAGAAACAGUUCCUCCUUCAACGAACGUCUUCGUACUCCCUCGCACAACAGCACAGGUACCACCUUUGACCUGUCUAACCCUGCCCUUACUCCAACCAUGACUCGAGAGCAGGCUCUCGCCAAGAUUCGUGAACGUCGUGGUCGUGCCCGUUCUAUGGCCCAAGGCACGCUAACACCAAGCCGUCGAAUGGUUGAGGGCGUUGAGCGACGGGACAUGAGUGCUCCCACAGGCAAAGUUACUGGCAAGGGACGAUGA